AUGGAGGGUAAAGUUAUCGGUCCUGGGCCGUACCGGGCCACGAAGCUGUGGAAUGAAACCAUUAAACGUUUUCGUGGAGGUAUACCACUACGAAGGCACUGGGCGCACUUCCGCUGCUACGACAGCAGUUUCACCGGGUCGGAGGCUGUGGAUUAUCUGCACGAGCUGCUGAGACACAACUAUAACUUUGGGCCAGAAGUGACUCGAAAUCAGACCCUGCAGCUGCUCAAGAAGUUCUUGAAGGCUCAUGUGAUUGAAGACAUCAAAGGACGCCAUGGGACGGAGGACUUUGAAGACAGCAACCAUCUGUACCGGUUCCCCCCUCUGUCUCCUCUCAAGUCUCUUCCAAUAAGACCUCUGUUGAGAGACAGCAGUGACCUGCCCAGACUCAUCCGCUGGGACGACUAUGAAGAACUGCCUCAGCAGGAAAAUGUAGCACCCCUGAAGUCUGCAGCGAUGACUUCAGAUUUGUGGAAUAAACGACACAGCGUUGCUGUUGGAGAUGUGCACGAAUGCAAGCUCAUUCGCAGAAAGGAAGUCACUUCAAAACAAGUGGAUCACAUCUGGAAAUCAAUGACUGUUGCUCAUUUACAGAGGGUUCUGGGCCUAAAGACACUGGAUGGGAUUUUGAGUCCGGUGCACGUGAACGGAAAGCACAUUGUCCACAACAUCUUCAGUGUUAAUAAAGCAGGCGUAGUUGUGUUGGAGAACAAAGCUGAGGACAUGCCCUACUGGGUGGUAUCAGCAAUGAAAUGUCUUGCCAACUGGCCUAAUGCCAGUGACAUGAAGCAGCCCGUGUACCUGGGUUUUGAAAGAGAUGUCCUGAGAACAGUAGCAGAUUAUUACCAGAGACUCAAAGAGCCCUUGCUGACUUUCCACCUUUAUGAGGUCUUUGUCAACAUUCUCAGCCUGCUGCAGGAGCAGGACGUCGCCACCGAGGCUCUUCAAGUCAGCUGCCUCCUGCUGCCGCCGCCCAACCGAAGACGGCUCCAGCUUUUACUGCGUUUCAUGGCCCGCGUCUGCCAGAACCCCCAGCUGCCUCCACUUAACGACACCAUUGCGACCCGCACGCUGAUGGUACAAAUGUUCUCCUCCUGUGUUCUGGGUUCAGCUGAUGACAUGGACUUGGACGAGUUAUUUGCCACCAAAUUGGUGACAUUCAUGAUGGAGCACCACAACACCAUCUUUCAAGUGAACACCAAACUGCGCUGCCAGGUCGAGGAGCAUCUGUCACACCUUAAAAGAGCUCAGAUCAAAUAUGCUGGUUCAGAUACAGACUUCAGCGCGUCGCCAGCUUUUUGUAAACAGAUCCGGAGGAUCGAAUGCGAGGAGCAGAAGAUUAUUGGUACACAAACCCCGCUGCAGCAACUACUGGAAGGCCUGAUUGCAGACAAAGAACUUCCUCUUAAGGACAAGAGGAAAAGACUUAAACAGUUCCAGAAGUCCUACCCAGAGGUCUAUCAUAACAGAUUUCCUACUGAGGAAAGCAGAUCUGCUGUCAUUCCAGAGAAAACGCCACGCCUCAAACCUCAUCUCAUGUUCUUCAACCUCAAGAAACCUCUCCAGCCUUUUCAGAGAAGCUGGAGCUUCAGGGCAUGA